CUCGCGAAUUACCAUUUCCUCUCCUCCGUGUGCCUGAAUGGAAGUCUAGUCUAGACGGGCCGCCACCCGCUCGUGCCCAUCACCUUACACGGCCUGACUUGGGCGCCUAGAGGCAUGAUCAUCACUGGCAGGAUGUGGGACUGCUCUGCAUCCCUCGCGGGCUCGAAUGGCCCGCUUCCCUGGGCCGUGUUUCCCACGAGUAAAGAGUUGAUCUAUACUCUACUGUUGAUCCGGGAGGCCCCUCCGUCGGAAUGUUCAUAGGCCAUCUGGGUUCUCAAGAGGGAGGCAAAGGCCUGUGCACCACUUUCCGGAAUGCAUGAUAUAUAUUAUAUAUAUAUAUAUAUAUAUGGAGUACACUGCCCUCUUUCCAACAUUGAUCCUGAGCUAAACUAUCGGCACCAACGACAAGUCCUUUUGUCUUCGGCAGGUUCUUCUUUCACUUCCUAGUCUCUGAUUCACUCCCGUGUUCUCACUCGUGUCAACAAGACAGCAGCAAGAUGUACAGCAAGCUUGCUGCCAUCAGCGCCCUCGUGGCUGCGGCCAAGGCACAGCAAGCCUGUACCUUGACGACCGAGACGAAGCCCUCUCUGGAGUGGUCCACCUGCACGUCUGCCGGGAGCUGCACCACCAACACUGGCUCUAUAGUCAUCGACGCCAACUGGCGAUGGGUCCACGAUGUCAACAGCUCCACCAACUGCUACACCGGCAACACCUGGGAUACCUCCAUCUGCGACACUGACGCGACCUGCGCUGAGGACUGCUGCCUCGAUGGUGCCGACUACUCGUCGACAUACGGUGUCUCCUCGAGCGGCGACGCGCUCACUCUGGACUUUGUUACGGACAAUAGCAAUGGCGAGAACGUGGGCUCGCGUCUGUACCUGAUGUCGUCUGACACCGAGUACGAGAUGUUCACCCUCCUGGGCAAGGAGUUCUCCUUUGAUGUGGAUGUCUCUCAGCUGCCGUGCGGUCUGAACGGUGCUCUGUACUUCGUCUCCAUGCCUGAGGAUGGCGGUACCUCUGAGUACUCUGGCAACAAGGCCGGUGCUGCUUAUGGAACUGGCUACUGCGACAGCCAGUGCCCUCGUGACCUGAAGUUCAUUGGCGGCCAGGCCAACGUUGAGGGUUGGGUUGCAUCCACCAACAAUGCUAACACCGGUCUUGGCGACCAUGGAUCUUGCUGCCCUGAGAUGGACGUCUGGGAGGCCAACUCGUACUCGACAGCCUACACUGCCCACCCUUGCGAGAGCAUCACCGAGACGAUCUGUGAUGGAGAUGCUUGCGGCGGCACCUACAGCGGCGCUGACAACCGCUACGACGGCACCUGCGACCCAGACGGCUGUGACUUCAACAGCUACCGCAACGGAGACACCACCUUCUACGGUGACGGCAAGACCGUCGACACCUCGCAGGUCUUCACCGUCGUGACCCAGUUCAUCGAGUCUGGCGGCUCGCUGUCCGAGAUCCGCCGCUACUACGUCCAGAACGGCGAGCUGAUCCCCAACUCGUACGGCACCGUGUCCGGCCUGACCGCCUACAACUCGCUCACCGAGGCGUACUGCGAGGCCGAGAUCACCGCCUUUGACAGCGAGGGCUCGUUCACCUCCAAGGGUGGCUGGUCCGGCAUAAGCGAGGCCCUGGCCGCCCCCAUGGUCCUCGUCCUGUCCCUGUGGGACGACUACUAUGCCGACAUGCUCUGGCUCGACUCCACCUACCCCGUCGGCUCGACCACCCCCGGCUCCGUCCGCGGCAGCUGCUCCACGAGCUCUGGUGUCCCCGCCAGCGUUGAGAGCUCUAACCCCAGCUCCAAGGUCAUCUACUCCAACAUCAAGUUCGGCGCCAUCAACUCGACUUACACCGUCUAAAGAAGCACGGCAGAGUCGUAGGAAGAUUAUGGUGCUCUGAAGGGUCCUCAGACAUCUUGAAGAGAGGGACCAAGCCUCUUCAUGUCUGGUUGUCCUAGUAGAUUGGCUGGGUGUUGUUGUUCGGUAGACGCUUAUGUCAUGAAAGGAAGGGAGUGAAAGACAGGAGGUGCGGUAUGGAAAGAACGGCACACAAAAAAAAAAAAGGAAAAAGGAGAAAUUCACACUUGUCCUGCCUAUUCGCCCUCAUGUUUUCAUUCUCAUCCUGUUUAUGGUAUAGGCAUAAGUCUGUUCUUGUACAUAACCUUCUACUUUUGUUCCCGGAUGGAGUGGUGGAUUUUCAUAUACUCUCGCUCUUGACGUACAUAUAUCUAUACAUACUUGCCUACCU